AACUGAGCAAACAAUUAUCCCUCUUCUCUUCCAAUUCCCUCCCAUCAUUAACAACAAACAACAGUAAGAAUCCUAACAAGGAGAGAGGCAUUUCUCCCUCCUCCCUUCCUUCUUCCCUCCCUAGCCCCCGCCCCAUGCCCCGGGCCAGGCCCCACGCCGCUGCCAAUCGGGAGCCGCUGCAGGAGGCCAUCCGAUACAAGGGCGUCAGGAAGCGCCCUUGGGGCAAGUUCGCCGCCGAGAUCCGCGACCCCGUCGAGAAGACCCGCCUCUGGCUCGGCACCUUCGACUCCGCCGAGGCCGCCGCCCGCGCCUACGACGCUGCCGCCAGGUCCCUCCGCGGCGUCCACGCCAAGACAAAUUUCCCCCUCGAUUCGGUCCUUGACCCUUCAUUCGGCUCGUCUGAGCUCGAGGCUGCCGCCGCCAGGCGCACCUCCAGCAGCCUCAGCAGCACCGCGGAGUCGUUCGGCGCGCCCAGGACUUUUAAUCACCACGCCGGCUGCAGCAGUAGCAACAACAACCUCCCGCAGGCGGCAAUAACCCGACCGCCAGCUCGGCCUCCUACCGUUGCGGAUGACUGCCGCAGCGACUGCGAUUCCUCAUCCUCCGUCGUGGAUGACGACGUGGAUGAUCGGUGCAUCACGAUGAUGACGUUCCACCGCCCGGCCUUUCCAUUCGAUCUAAACCUCCCGCCGCCAUUGGAUUACAAUCACGACGGGGCUGAUGACCCGGACAACAUCGACGAUCUUCACGCCACCGCUCUAUGCCUCUGACAUUCGAAAUUCCAGCCACUGUGAUAGAAAUGGAUUCAUAUUUAAUUUUUAAAAAUGUCCAAUCUUUCUUAUGCUUCCCCUUCUUCAAGGGGGAAAAAAUGGGGGCUUGUUAGAUUAGGUGAACGAGAUCUACACGAAGAAGCUCUUGAAUCCGGAAGCUUAAUUUACGAGCUCGGGUUUUAGGACGCUUAAGGAGUUUGUGAUCUGGGAUUUCUUCGACUUCUAGGAAGGGCUGUCCUGUGAUGAAUAAUUUAUCAAGUCUCCGAUUUGAUCGGCGAAAUUAAGAUCCCAUCGCUGCUCUGUACAAAAAAUUACAACGGAACUAAGAAGAGAUCAAUUGAAUUGUACCGAUUUUCAGUAUC